AUGGUUCAGUCUACAAACGUCCAUCUUCUUACUACUGUACCUUUUGCUUUCAUUUCAGGGUACCUCCACCUCCGACCACAAGCAGAACAGACUCAAAUUCCUGAACUUUUAUACUCUAGAAGCAUCAAAAGUGCGUAUAUCAUGGUGAAUGGUGUGGCAGGAGCUCGGGUUACUCCAACAUUGUACCUUUUGGCACCUUACAUGCUUUUCAAGCUUGUGGAGGCAUCUGAUACUCCUGUUGUGGGAGGUACUGCCGUACUGGUGACUUCCAUGGUUGUACACGCCUAUGUUACAUCGUCUUUGGUGGCUGCCAAGAACUUAACUUUGGUUAUACAAGAAUGA